CUCCUUACCACAUUCCCCGAUGAGUGAGCUCAGCUGUUCGCUCCGAGCAGGCUCUCUCCUUUUAUGGUCAAACAGCUUGGGCAGAGCGAGGCUCCCUUAAAAAAAAAGAAAAGAAAAAGUUGCGAUCAGCUAGGAAGUGUCGGGGCUACAACAGCUCCUUUUUCCUCCGCCCCCUCCGAGCUUCUUCAACACCCCUUCUUGGCAAAGGCAGCUUCAGAAAGUUGCGCACGGGCCAGGCGAGCACAACCCUCCUGGCCGCGGGGAGGAGUCGCGGGAGGCUGCGAUCCUCAGCAGCAGCAGCAGCGCGCACAGUCCUCGUUCAGGUCCCCCGGGAAUCCGAGAGCGGCUCUCUUUCUCUGCGCCCUAAAGCUGCGCCACCCGCCGCCGCCGCUGCUCCUGCUAGGACCAGACCAUCGCCCUCUAGGUCCUGAUCUACGCCACGGCAGGAUGGCCUCGUCGGGGGCCCCGGGGACCCGCAUGACAUCCACAGUCAGCAUCAACAUCUCCACCCCGAGCUUCUACAGCCCUCAGAAGAAAUUUGCACCCGUUGUUGCCCCUAAGCCCAAAGUGAACCCCUUCAAGGCUGGCGGAGCGGCUCCGGAAAAUGCUUCUGAGCAGACAUUUCCUCCCCCUCCGCUGCCGGGGGCUUGUGCCCAGAUAGGGAAAGUGGGGGAGAUCCCGGCAGCUGUCACUCUUUCCCCCUCUGAAGAGCUUCCACCCCCUCCGCCUCCCCCUCCCGGGGAAGAGAUGGUUGUCUCCUUAAACAGUACAUUCCCUCCCCCGCCUCCCCCAUUCGAGGAGCCGUUUCCCCCAGCGCCAGAAGACGUCUUCCCUUCGCCUCCUCCGCCAAUGCUGGAUGAGGAACCGGUGGCUUUGAGUGUGCUACCUGCCCCCCAGGGGCAGGCCCGUGGAAAGAUGAGCAGCAUUGAUUUGGAGAUUGAUACUCUGUCCUCAAUGCUGGAUGACAUGGAGAAGAACGAUCCCUUCAAACCGCGGAAAACAGAGCACUCGGUCAGGCGAGCCCCCACUUCCAGCCAACAAGUGGUGCAGCCCAGUGAUAGGUUGACGUCCUCAGUAUCUCCAGGUUCCAUGGCUCACGUAGGCAUUGCUUCUGGACCUAAAGCUUCCCCAGAAACCAUUGCUCCACCUAAGGAUGUUUCAGCUCCUGUUUCCUUCCCUUCCAACGCUGCCUCCGGCCUCAGCGGAGGCUACGUGCCCAAAGCGCAGAAAGAAACGGCUUCUGUUCCUCCGCCGUGGGUGAAACAGAGUAGAGACUCGCCAUCGACACAGCUUCCAGGACCGCAGGCCCCUCCUCCUCCUCCAGCUCCGUCAGCCCCCAAAUACACUCCACCCCCCGUUGCCGUGGCCCCCAGAUUUGUACCCAAAGCAGCUGCUGGGACCCCUUCCGGCUUCCCGCGCCAGGCGGCCGCUGCCCCUCCGCAGCCUCGCUUCCCACCCGCUUCUGGCACAGGGCCAGCCCCGAGGCCACAGCCGCCUGCUUUCACCUAUGCACAACAUCGAGAAAAGCCCCAGGUUCAGGAGAAGCCCCGUCCUGUUGGACAACCGCCUGCCCCGCAAGACGUGCGCAACCCGGCGCCCUUUGUGAACACUGGAUCAGACCCUCCCAGGGGCAACUCUGUCCUAACCAUGAAAGAGGUUGAGGAGCUGGAGAUGUUGACCCAGAAGCUCAUGAAGGACAUGGACCAACCUCCACACGCAGAGGCCUCCAAUUCUGAGUUGUGUGGCCUGUGCCACAAAGCCCUGUCGCGGACGCAGCCGGCUGUCCGCGCCCUAGACAAGCUCUUCCACGUGGAGUGUUUCACCUGCUUCAAGUGUGAGAAGCAGCUGCAGGGCCAGCAGUUCUACAACGUGGACGAAAAGCCCUUCUGUGAGGAGUGCUAUGCGGGCACCCUGGAGAAGUGUUGUGUGUGCAAGCAAACGAUCACAGACAGGAUGCUGCGAGCCACGGGCAAUUCCUACCACCCUCAGUGCUUCACCUGUGUGGUGUGCCACAAAGCCCUCGAGGGAGCCUCCUUCAUUGUGGACAAAGGCAACCAGCCGCAUUGCGUGGACGACUAUCACAGAAAAUAUGCCCCGCGCUGCUCGGUGUGUGCUGAGCCCAUCAUGCCAGAGCCUGGGAAGGACGAGACCGUCCGUGUGGUAGCCCUGGAGAAGAACUUCCACAUGAAAUGUUACCGCUGUGAGGAUUGUGGGAAACCCCUUUCCAUUGAAGCAGAUGACAAUGGCUGUUUUCCCCUGGACGGGCAUGUGCUGUGUAGAAAAUGUCACACCACACGCGCCAAAGCUGCGGUCUAAGGACCUUGGAUCAGAAUACGCCCUUGAUGUGCUUCCCCCCCAUCCCUGCCCAGCCCAGUCAGUGGGCCUGAUUUUCCUCUCUUCUGUUUCUGGCCCUCCUCCCCCCCUCAAAACCCACAAUGCAUUUCUACUUAGAAAGAAUCUGUCUGGCAAUAUCUCCUUCCACCCAAGGGCUCUCCCUACUUCCCAGCUGUGUUUCCUUUUUUAAAAAAACCUGCCCCUCCUAAGACUGGGUGUUCCUUAACUCCUCACCUAGUCUGGCCACAGUAUAUUACUCUAGACACUGCAGAAAGUGACGUGGAAUUGCUAUAAGCCCUGCAGUCCUUUUACUUACUAAAUAAUAAAGUAAUCUUAGAGGAAAUGUCUGGAUCCUUCCAACCUGCUAUGACCCCUGACCCUGCAAAAUGAUGUCCUCUGUUCAGGUAUGGAACACGACCCGACUCACGGGACUAUUUUUUUAAUCCCUUACUUUGGCGAUGGACAGAGUCUUUGCUCUACAGGAUGAUGACAUAAACGAAUCUCCUUCUUCUGUACUGGACUUGUGUGCCUGGAUGGUUCUCCUUGCCAGCAAGGAGUUUAUGGACCAGGCCCACCCCCACCAGUUUCCCAGAGUUAUGGUUGCCCCAGUUUUUUUAACCUCUGUGGUGCUUUGGCCUAGCAACUUCUGCAUCGCAAACUAUCCAAAGGACUACUUCUCUGUUUACAGCACGCUUUGUCGAACUGGGAGUGUGGUGUGACCGGGAAUGGUCCCGAAUUGAUGCUGGGAAAGGCACCCUCAUCGGAGUUUGUUCGUUUGCAGCCUACAUGUGAUGGGUGCCUUCUAAGUCCCUGCCAGGACCACACUCCCACCCUUCUCUGUGGGGGUUGCUCUAAGUGACUUUCCUGGUGUGUGUUUUUGGCACAGUCAAUGGAGCAGAGCCUUAAUUCCUAGGCUGGACUGAACAAGCAUCUUCAAUAUUGUCUGUCCCAGCCACUGUUUGCAUUAAUAAAAUUUGUGUUGGGUUCCACCCCACCCCCCAAUUAUAACGUCAACCUCUCUGUGGUGUGUGUGGCUGGGGUGGGUCAGAGAGAGAUCAUUGCUAAACUACCCAGCAGUGAAUCCAUUCUCCCUCCAUCUCGUUGCAGGGGGUUGGGCUAGAUGACCCUCAGGGUCCCUUCCAAUUCUACGGUUCUCUGGUUUUCUUUCCUAAUGAUUCCUGGGUUGACAUCUUCAUCAAACUGUCUACCAUGACCCAAGAUCUUAUUCCUGGUCUUGUCACUUCCAGUUCAACUCAAUAGUAUAUGUGAAGUAAAUAUUUUUUUGCCCCAACAUGCACCACUUUACCUUUGUUUACAGUGACUUCCAUUUGCCAUUUUACUCUCCAUUCAUUCUGUUUGGAGAGGUCCUCCUGGAGCUCUGCAAUCCUUUUUCUUUUGCCUCGGUAUCCAAUUAGAUGCAUCAUUUGGCAGAGAGAAAAUUGCUGCCUCUUGCUAAGCUUUUCUCCUGCUGCUCCUCCUCAGAUGGUUGGCAGUGUUCUCAAUGGUGUUUCUUGUCUAUACAUUCUUUUCUCUUUUGCUCUGACCCACUUGCACUUUCCCCCUUCGUCUUCAAAAGAAGACGUCAUAUUGUGGCUCUCAGCUGCAUCUCAUCCCCUACUCUCAUUGAGUAAUAAAACUCUUCCCCCACCCCCACUCCCAACUUGUUGGAAGCUUGAAUGGGUUUGGAAUUUGGAGUCUGGCUCACUCUUGCUUCAUCGUUGCUUGCUACUAACGUUUGCCACCUAUCAGGAUUUUCAGCCGCUGUGAUUGAUGUCCAUGUCCAGCCCUCUGAAGCUUUGCUGGGCUAGAAAAGCAGGUUAGCUUUUGAAUGAAUGAAUGAAUGAAUGAAUACAGACUGAAAAGUCAUGGGCUUAAAUAUAAGGAAGGCGGGAAAUGUCAUUACCUUUUCAAAAAACAAUGCCUUGGGGGUGAUAACUAAAUCCCAGGAUAGCUCAGUUGGUAGAGCUUGAGACUCCUGGUUUUGGGUCAUGGAUUUGAGCUCCACGCUGGGCAAGAUUCCUGCAUUGCAGGGGGAUUGAACUAGACGGACUUUCAUCAGUAGAAAUGCGAAUUAUGCCAAUUUUUGUAGAUCUACCCGGAAUACGACUCGUGAGUUGAUACUUUAAAAUCAAUGGACUUGAGUGACUGAGUAUGCUAUAGUUUGAUAUCGCCCAUUCACAUAUUCUUUAAAAAUUGGGGGAGUUAAGUAUCCUUGUUUUGAUGAGGGCUAUAACAUGUAUGACCCUACAAAGCAGAACUCCAGCAGUGCAGAGCAGCUCACCAGCGGCUCUUGUUUUUGUUUUUUAAAAAAGCCUGUUUCUGCUGCUGACCUAGGACUACAUUUGCUUGCCUUCUCCAUAGAGGAUUUAAGAAUCCUGUAAUAGUAUAUGUUGUUAAACUGUGGACUCUAGUGUAGCACUGAUUUUAGUCAGGGCAAUGCUUAUUCCCCACCCCACCCAGAAUUUUUUUUGCCACGUGCAGAAAACACACCGCUUGCAGAAUUUGGCUUUCUGUGAGGAUUUGAUUUUAAAAGAAAAGCAGGUUUCUAAAUCUCCUGAAGUUGAUCCCAGAUUAAUGUGCAGGCUCAGAAACUCAAAAAAAGCCAAACUCUGCACUCUGUAGGCAUAUUCUGCAUGUUUGCAGGCAUCUAUUGAAUUCAAGAUAUACAUCCAAGCGCACACAGCCCUCCUUGUAAGGCGAUUUAUUCUGUCUUUGGUACUGGAUCUGGGUACGAGAAGUUUAAGAGUUAAAAGACUGUGCUCUAGCCCAAAGCCACGCCACCACCUUCUGCAUGUACUUGACAUCUAACACAAAUAGCAAAAGUCCAAAGUGGAGGAGUCUGGCAAAUGUUUGCACAGUGUUUAGCUUGUUUGUUCAGGUGAAGUUCAGUUUCGUUCAGCCAGCCCCUUGAUCUCUUUGUUUCGUUGCUGCCUGCAUCUUGGGAGCUGGAGAGACCCUUGAGCUAACUUGACUUUAAUGCACUGAGCCUGUGUCCCGACUGAAGGCUGCUGCGGGAGAUUAACUCUCCCCACCCCACCCUGCUCUUUAAGGCUCAUUGGCUGAUACCACCAGGCUCUUCCAACUUUGCUUUGAGAUGGAGGUUUCUUCUGUGAUCCUCCCAUUCUUUGGGCAGCUUAUUAUACCUCUGCUUAACCUGGAGUCCUUCAGCAUAGAUAACUCUGAAGGUUACAAGAAACUAUACAGCCAAUAAAAAAUAGAAAAUGGUAGCUUGGAGCAAAUGAAUGUUCCUAUUGAACAAGUUUUGUGUUUUGGAAAUUGGUAGCAGAAGCCAUCUCCUGAGUGGGAGGUCUAAUGCUGCUAACACUUAACCAGCUGAACUUUGCUCCCUGACACAAUCUUUUCAGCAGACUUUCCUGGAAAGAUCUCUAGGCCCGAUCCCUGUAGGCUUUUUCAUACUUCUGCUUGGGGUCCUGUUAGAUGUAAUUUUGGAAGAGUUAUGCAGAUGGUAAACAUGCAGGUGGCGCAGUGGUUAAACCACUGAGCCUAGGGCUUGCUGAUCAGAAGGUCGGCGGUUUGAAUCCCUGUGACGGGGUGAGCUCCCGUUGCUUGGUCCCAGCUCCUGCCAACCUAGCAGUUCGAAAGCACGUCAAAAUGCAAGUAGAUAAAUAGGAACCGCUACAGCGGGAAGGUAAACAGCGUUUCCAUGUGCUGCUCUGGUUUGCCAGAAGCGGCUUUCUCAUGCUGGCCACAUGGCCUGGAAGCUAUACGCCGGCUCCCUCGGCAAAUAAUGCGAGAUGAGCGCGCAACCCCAGAGUCGGUCAUGACUGGACCUAAUGGUCAGGGGUCCCUUUACCUUUAAACAUGCAUAACAAUAGUUUUUGUUGGAUGGCCCUUGUUUCAAGUUGAUCCCAUUAGUCCAGCAGAAGCUUUUGAUAGAGUCCCUGAGCUGUAAGUGGUGGUGGGUAGACACACACACAGUUUCAAUAAGACCUUUCUAGUUCAACUGCCCUGGGUAUGUUAAAUUGGGCCAAUCUGGUUUCUGCAGUAUUUUUAAACUGACAUCAAUAUAUCAAACAAAAAUGUCCCAAACUUGCCUGGCAUGACAAACAAUGCUGUUAAUUUUUUCCUCUUCAACACACCCACUAAAAGGCAAAGGACCCCUGCACUCUUUUUCAUCUCCAAGUUACUCAGAUGCUUUUCGGUAACCUUGAAUAUUUCUUCAAAAAGGAGCAAAGGUCAUUUUGUUUCGUUUUUUAAAAAGCUGUAAUCAUAUAAGGGUAACUUUGUUAGAGGUAAUUCUCCCUCCUUUGAGAAGGCAGAAAGCCGUGCUUUUAAGUUUUGUGGAAUGCAAUAGACAGUUGACUUAAUAAGGGGCUGAUCCGUAUAUAAUAAAAGUCAUGGCACAGAUUGGAUACUUUUAUUUACAAAACCAUAUAUACAACACACAACCCCAGGUCCGGGUUUUCUUUCUCACCUCCCCAUCCUGCUAUUUUAAAUAUAUAUAGGCAACAUCCUCAACUUGAGGAAGCAAAGCUCUCUGGAGCAUAUAGUGCCUAACUGUAAACAAGCCAUUUUUGUUCUUAGGACUGGGCUCCAGGAGAGAAAAUAAGACACAUAAGCAACAAGGGGAGCAGUGUAAAUUUGAUCUAAUGCUGUGUGAUAAAGGCAAGUCCAGGCCACUGAGCUAAGGUACAAGGUAGGCAGUCUUGGCUCCAUCAACUGUGCAAACAAUGGCAAGUCCCGUCCCCCCCCAAAUCCCUGAGUCUUCAAGCACAACUUUUGCAUUUGAAGGGGCCCCUUAUUGCUAGAUAUGGCUUUGCCGGCAGAAUGGUUUCAGCUCUACUUAUAAUUUUAAGUACACCUUGCUUCCUUAGUCACUAUGAAAUGCGACGGGCAGAGUGGCUGCUGCUGCUGGAGUAGAAACACAAGAAUGAAACAAGAGGUGGCGAGACAGAAAAUGAGAGAGAAGCGUGGAGUUUGCAUUUUAAGCGUUGGCCACUUUUCUGGCGUGGUAUCUGCAGGGAGCCUCGUGGAGUGUUGCUUUCUGCGUUGGGAAGCUCAAGUCCCAACCUGUGCACUAUGGGGCACAAGGAAUGUUUGUGCUGCACAUGAUGCAGACUCUGCCAUCAACUCUCAGAGCCCCAGGCCGAUGCUUGCAGCACCACUGCAAGAUCGGCUCAGCCCGUUCCCCUUCUCUUCUCCUUGUUCUGCUGGGCUCUGUGGCGUUGGGUCCAGUGACAGCUUGGUGAUGCAAGACCCCCAUCAUUCUUUGAAGCCUUGGAUGCUGCACAGAAUACGCUUCUGGUGGCCAGGAAGAGUCACACCCAUUUGCUUCAAGUCCCUUGGGAAAAAACAGGAGGGGAGGAAGAUUAGCUGCCUUGUUUAGCAGGUGAAGAGAGAUUGAGACUGGGUUUCAUAAAGCUGUAGCACCCUAAGAAACCUCUUUCCCCACCACUUAUUGCCUACCCUACCAAAGUCCAUUCCUAGAAAUUCAGCUGAGCUCAAGGCAUGGACCCAGCUCAGAAAUAUCACCAUUUCCAGUUGUUGUCUCACAAGGUGGAUCUGGCAAAACUCUUUGCAAGUUGGGAGUCAGACAACAUAUUUUAGAGUGCUUGGAGGUGUUAUGACAGAUCCCCAAAAAGGCAUGUUAAUUCACUGGGAAGGUGAUAAAAGAGCAGAGCUUCAAGGAAGCUGAAUUUGUAAGACUGCAAGCACAACACAAAACUAUUGGAAGAACCUGCAAAAGUGUCGCUCUGCUAAAGCAUAGUAUAUCAUCCGUAAAACUAAAUAUACUAAGAUGCACAAAUACAAUCUUACACAAUGCAACAAUUCCUUAGCAGUGUGAUGGAUGCCAACGGUUAUCUUAACUCUCAUGUGAAUUUUGGUAUGCUGAUGCUAAUUCCUUGGGUCCAUAUGAUUAUUUUCAUAUGUGUCCAGUAUUUUGGUAUGCGUUAGUGAUUUUAUCUUAUGCUCUUAAUAGCAGGAGAUGCUUAUUACUUAUGCAAAUAUUUCUUACAUAUCCAAUGUCCCCAAUGAAUCCUAUGCCUGCUCACUAAGGAGGAGGUCCCAUUGAAAUCUGUUCUUGGGUAAACCUUUGCUAGGAUCUUUUUUUAUCUUGCUGUCUUCUCUGGCCACCUUUUGCAGAUUUUUGAAGCCUUACAGAAACCUAUAAAACCUGUUUCACCAGAGUCAACUGUGAGGCAGGAGGGAAUAAAUGAAUAGGUAAAUUGCCCUAUUCAAACCACCUUCAGUUCUGAAGGGGGGGGGAAACACCCCCUGCUUGCUUUCAGCCUCACUAUCAGCCCACAUACAGGUACUGUGUAUCUGAAGAAGUGUGCAUGCACACGAAAGCUCAUACCAAAAUAAAAAACUUAGUUGGUCUUUAAGGUGCUGCUAGAAGGAAUUUUUUUCUUUUGUUUGAGCCCACAUACAAAAUGAGAUAGUGAUGGAGAUGGCUCUAGCUCAGGGCUGGGGGACCUUUGCCGCCCCCCCCCCAAUGUUGUUGGACUCUCAACUCCCAUUAUCCAUCACCCUUGUCGAUGCUAUCUGGGGCUGACAGCAGCUGGGAGUCUGACAACAUCUGGAAGGCCAAAGGUUAACCAGGCCUGCUCUUAACUCACAUAUUCUCUGCUCUCCAACAAAGCAUCACUGUGACUCUUUCUGAUUAUGCUCUGACUUAAGCUGUUGGCUCUCUGCCUGCUUUUCAACCACAGCAACAGACUCCAUUGGGCAAUCAUGAGCUAGAUACAAGGAUCGAUCUCACUCUUGUCUUUACAAGCAGAAGGAGAGUGUCUCUCUCUCUCUCUCUCCCCCCCCCCCCGUCUUCUGGCCAGGAUUUUGGCCUUUUAUUGGCCCUCCUCUCGUCCUUGAAUUAUAGCUUAACACAGAGAAAGUUAGCACAUGAAACCUUUUCCUGGUCGCUUGGCCUCUGUACCAGGAAAAACUGCAGUAUCUGCUCAAUGUCUGCAGGGAACCCAGAUAAAAGAGAGCAGGGUGAGAAAAGCUGGCAACCCUAAGAACAGCUUUAAUGAGAAGUGCUUGUAGAGAGGUGCAAAUGUGGUAGUUAAGGCAUUGGCAGGCAGGCAGAGAGAGGAAGUUGUUAGAAUUCUUUUGCUGAUCCUGUGCAUAUGAAUUUCUUUGUAAAGGUAAAAGGACCCCUGGAUGCUUAAGUCCAGUCAAAGGCAACUAUGGGGUUGUGGUGCUCAUCUCGCUUUCCAGGUGAGGGAGAUGGCGUUUGUCCACAGACAGCUUUCUGGGUCAUGUGGCCAGCAUGACUAAACUGCUUCUGGCACAAAGCAACACCGUGAUGGAAGCCAGAGUGCACGGAAACGCCAUUUACUUCCCUGCCACACCAGUACCUAUUUAUCUACUUGCACUGGUGUGCUUUUGAACUGCUAGGUUGGGAGUUUGGAAAACUCAGCAGUGGCCAGAGGAUUGGAGAAGAUCAGUCUACAUCCCAAUCCCAAAGAAGGGCAGUCCCAAAGAAUCCCAAAGAGGGGCAGUGCCAAAGAAAGCUCCAACUACCACACAAUUGCGCUAAUUUCACACGCUAGCAAGGUUAUGCUUAAAAUUCUACAAGGCAGGCAUAAGCAGUAUGUGGACCGAGAACUCCCAGAAGUGCAAGCUGGAAGGGGCAGAGGAACCAAAGACCAAAUUGCAAACAUGUGCUGGGUUAUGGAGAAAGCUAGAGAGUUCCAGAAAAAAAUCUGCUUCAUUGACUAUGCAAAAGCAUUUGACUGUGUUGACCAUAGCAAACUAUGGCAAGUUCUUAAAGAAAUGGGAGUGCCUAAUCACCUCAUCUGUCUCCUGAGAAAUCUAUGUGGGACAAGAAGCUACAGUUAGAACUGGAUAUGGAACAACUGAUUGAUUCAAAAUUGGGAAAGGAGUAUAACAAGGCUGUAUAUUGUCUCCCUGCUUAUUUAACUUCUAUGCAGAAUUCAUCAUGCGAAAGGCAGGGCUGGAUAAAUCCCAAGACAGAAUUAAGAUUGCCGGAAGAAAUAUCAACAACCUCAGAUAUGCAAAUGACACAACUUUGAUGGCAGAAAGUGAGGAGGAAUUAAAGAACCUUUUAAUGAGGGUGAAAGAGGAGAGCGUAAAAUAUGGUCUGAAGCUCAACAUCAAAAGAACUAAGAUCAUGGCCACUGGUCCCAUCACCUCCUGGCAAAUAGAAGGGGAAGAAACGGAGGCAGUGAGAGAUUUUACUUUCUUGGGCUCCUUGAUCACUGCAGAUGGUGACAGCAGUCAUGAAAUAAAAAGACGCCUGCUUCUUGGGAGAAAAGCAAUGACAAACCUAGACAGCAUCUUAAAAAGCAGAGACAUCACCUUGCCAACAAAGGUCCGUAUAGUUAAAGCUAUGGUUUUCCCAGUAGUGAUGUAUGGAAGAGGGAGCUGGACCAUAAAGAAGGCUGAUCACCGAAGAAUUGAUGCUUUUGAAUUAUGGUGCUGGAGGAGACUCUUGAGAGUCCCAUGUACUGCAAGAUGAUCAAACCUAUCCAUUCUGAAGGAAAUCAGCCCUGAGUGCUCACUGGAAGGACAGGUCCUGAAGCUGAGGCUCCAAUACUUUGACCACUUCAUGAGAAGAGAAGACUCCCUGGAAAAGACCCUGAUGUUGCGAAAGAUUGAGGGCACUAGGAGAAGGGGACGACAGAGGACGAGAUGGUUGGUCAGUGUUCUCGAAGCUACGAACAUGAGUUUGACCAAACUGCGGGAGGCAGUGGAAUACGGGAGUGCCUGGCGUGCUAUGGUCCAUGGGGUCACGAAGAGUCGGACAUGAGUAAACGACUAAACAACAACAGGUUGGCAGGAGCUGGGAUAGUGCAACGGGAGCUCAGCCCAUUGCAAGGAUUUGAACUACCGACCUUCUGAUAAGCAAGCCCAAAGAGGCUCAGUGGUUUAGACCACAGCACCGCCCAUGUUCCUGAAUGUCUUUGUAUGCUGUGGGGAGGUGCAAUAGACACGGUGGCACCAACUGCAUGUCCUCCCUUCCCUCUCCUCUCUUCUGCCAUGGAAGAGCAGAAUCCACAAUUCAGGGUGCCCAGUGCUUACUCGGCAGAAAGCUCCAGGAUGGAUUCCAUAGUGUUCAGGCCGGCAGUGCGGAAGUUGAUGAUGUAGCGCUUCAUGCGGAUGGAUUCCAACCACUCUGGGAUAGACCGAUAAGGAAUCCCAUCGGAGCCACUGCAGCUGGGGAGGCGGAGCGUCACCCUAGGGAUUGAUAGGCAUUUUCAGACUUGAUGCGACACUUAAAAUGAAUGCAGUUCAUAAAAAGACAAGCUCAUUUAUGGAGCUGGAGAGAAAUGUCUACCCUUUACCCAGGGGGCGUUUAUGGCGUCCCAUGCCCACUGCUAAACGCCUAGGCUAGCAUGGCACUUGCUGCAACACAGGCUGGCACUGAUGCCACGCACACAUUUAAGGGCAGGGUACAAUUCUGCAGAAGUGCUCCAAAAGCACAGAAUGCGAUGGUGUGUACAGAAUUCAGCAUGCAGGGAAUAAGCCAGGCCAAAACAAAAGAGAUUAUCCAGCUAUGCAUAAUUUGGCCUGGCAACAUAUUUAUCCAGUUUUAGGUGCCAGGCAAAUCCUUUUCUCCUGAGCUUUGGGCCUUGAAUUUGAAGGGUGGCAUUGCGUCUUUUAGUGGGGUGGGACCUCUGGUCCUGCCUUUGUGUUUUUAGGUUUUUAAUGUUGGUUUUUAAUUUGUUUUAAUGAAAGCCACUUUGGAUUACUUGGUAAGAAAAGCGACUAACAAAUAAUAUAUAUAAAUACAGUGGUACCUUGGUUCUCGAACUUCAUCUGUUCCAAAACUGUUCAAAAACCAAAGCGCAGCUUCCGAUUGGCUGCAGGAGCUUCCUGCACUCAAGCGGAAGGAAGCCGCAUCGGACGUUCGGCUUCUGAAAAACCUUUGCAAACUGGAAUGUUUACUUCCGGGUUUGCAGUGUUUGGGAGCCAAUUUGUUCCACAACUAAACCAUUCAAAAACCAAGGUAACACUGUAAGACAGCAUGUAGAAUUCAGGGGUGUUUUUUUUAGUCUUCCCCUAUCUGUAUGUGUGUGUGUGUGUGUGUGCGCGCCCGCCCACCCGUGUGCAUGCGCACAAAUUUACACAGCUCUGUCCCUUAAGUAUCUCCCUGCAUAUCACUUACCUGGGGUCAAAGUCGGCCACAGUUCGAAGCAAAUGUGGACUGGAGAUGAAGUGCUCUAGCUGAGCGAAGAUCUCCCGGAAGCGGGGCCUCCUGGUCCGGUCAUAUGACCAACACACCUUCAUGAUCUCGUAAAGGACGGAUGGGCAGUCCACAGGUGGGGGGAGCCGAUACCCAUCCUCUAUGCUCUUCAUCACCUGUUCCAGGUAAAACACAAGAUCACUGUGAACAGGGCAAACAUUCCUUAGAACACAGCUACCAAAGAAACGAGUCGAGGGCCACUUUCUCAGGAGCGCAAAGUCUAAAUAUUGGGAAAUCCUUUGGAAUUAGAACUGCCACAUUUAGCCCAUUUGAUUAAUUCAUUAAAAACAUAAGCUAAGAAGCUGUCCCCGAUUCAUCAAUCACCACAUUCUUUUGUUAAAAGUAAUUCCGAUACAGGUUGAACUGUAAAAGUUAUGGAUGGCAAGUGGCAUCUUAGAAAAUGCAUCCCUUUCUGCAUGUUUGAGAAGGAGAAAUACUUCUUAAAGGAGAGAUGCUUCUACUGUGAUAGAUGCACAUCAUUUGAAAGCAGUGUGUGAGGUUCCCUUCUAAACUGCUGGGCCGUAUCCAAAACUUGAGCUUUACUGGUAGCAACAGUUUCCUCUUCCUCUCAGGGCUUCACACUUAACUUUUCCUCUGCUCUUUCCAAGGACUAUGUCCGAGUACCCAAUUUUCCUCUGGAGCUCUUUAAAGCUCAGUCAGAGCAAACAGCAAUCCACAGAAAGCCCGAAUUGAUGUUUGCUCCAAUUGAGCACUAAAGAGCAGGUUUUUGUGGGGGAAACUUGGGGCAAAACAAAACCACACUCAGACACUGAGCUUUUAAGCAUGGACCUGUCUCUGGAAAGAGCAGACGGAAAGUGUAGAUAAGCCCUCUGUCCUCUCCAGCCUCUGCAUGCCCCCAAAAUCAGCUUCAGGGGGUUGGGAGAUCUUCCAAAGUGGAUUUGGGAGAGUGUGGAGAAGAGAAAAUGAAGCCUUGCUGCACCCACAGAUUUAUGCUGGCAGAGCAUUGGACGCAACCCAUUGUUUUUUCUCCUAUGCAGAUUUAAUCAAAUUGGUUAAUGUGGUACAGAAACUCAUGACUAAUGGAUCUCAGUUGGGCUGCCCAACUAUGGCUGCUCCCUUCAGGAAAGUAGGAAACAGAAUUUUGGGCCAUGGUGAAAUCUGGAAAAGUGUUCUUUAUUAUGAUCCAUUCUAAUUCAGCUCCAGCUCUGCUAAUCGAGGCAGUGGUUUCCUUGCUCAAUAAGCAUUUCCCUUGACCCUCUUACCUCCUGAUUGGUCAUAUCUCCAUAUGGCUUGUCGCCAUAGGACAGCAUCUCCCACAUGACAAUGCCAAAACUCCAGAUAUCACUGGCUGAGGUGAAGAUUCGAUGGGCAAUAGCUUCAGGGGCUGUCCAUCGGAUAGGGAUCUUGCCACCCUGUUGAAAAAGAGGUUGCAACUGUGAAAUGGAAACUACGGUUUGGCUAUUCAACUGCAAUCUAGGAGCCUGCAAAGCCGCUCCCUGCCUCCUUCCCUGGGGUAGAAAAAAUAUGUGAAACACGCACACGUAAGUAAGUAAGCAAAACGUGGCGUUGUUGCCAGGAGCUCAAGCUUGUGUUCCUUGGAACCUUGAAUCACACAGUUUCCAUUUUGUUUGACUGCAGCGGGAAGUAAUUUAUCAAGAUGCAGAGGGCAAAAAUCCAGGUUUCUUGACAAAAUUCUCUAUUGACAUAGAGAAGGGAGUAGCCCCCAACCCAACUAGACUUGGACCUCCUGAGAAGGCAAAUGCCCAACUUCCCUUGAGGUCCAAUAUUAUCAAUUGCCAACUUAAUGUAAAGAGUAGGAUGUUAGCAGUACUGGAAAACAUUAAACCUAUUUUAAUUCACACCUGGAAAUCACUCUUCCAACAUCAUCCUUUCAUCUCCAUCAAGCCCCUCCCUUCUCAAGUCUAUAAUGGUCCUGGCCCUAUUUGUGUCUCCACAUCCCAGUUCUUAAAGUAUGUUAGAUUUCAGGCAGACCUUCCACCCAGGGUCCUGUUGGAUGUUCAUCUUCAUAUCCUUGGACCCUGGUGCCCAUUCUCUGACAAAACUGAAAAGGAUUGGUUAAGUUCUCCUCUCUCUGGCUACUUUUCAGACUUCAACCGUCUUUUUCCUUCUGCCUCCUUUGAAGCCAAAGUCAUGUUGUACAGACCCUCCUUCCUCUUUCCCUCUCAGUUCCUGGAAAGUUUUCCACUGUUCAAUUGCCAUUUUUUUGUACUUUUUAAAAACAAAACUUUAUUUCUGAGAA